GAACUUUUGAACUUCCUGUGUGCAAGCACUACUUGCAGGAUGGUGGCCGUUGUGCGUUUGGCGCCCAGUGUGCAUUCAGUCACGACGUGGCUUUACCAGUUUAUGGACGUGGAUGUAGCCUUUCUCCAGUCCUCUCUUGCUCUUUAGGUCACCUCAGAAGCACAAGCAUGGGGAGAAUGAGAAAACUACAUGCAUCCUCUAUACAUUAUCUGAACACGACAAUGAUUUCGGGAAGCUUCAGCAGCAAUCGAGGCGCGCCUGGGGUGGUCGCAGGCGACACGUGAGCAACGACUUCCGCGCGUCCACUUUUCGCUUAUGGGCACUGGAAAAAUUCAAAAAGCAGCUAACGGCCACGACAGCGGAC